AAAGGCACAGUCUUAGCGUUGCUCGGUCCUGUAACACAGGUCUCGACAGAAUAUAACAAAUGGUAUGUCUUUAAUGCAGCGAACCACCACGUAGCCUGUGUGACUAAUAACCUAAAACGCACCUAACCACAAACAGGAGCGCUAACUUCUUAACGCUUUCUGCAAAAACACAUCAAAGUGGGCCGCACCACGAGGGGUGAUGUGACUUAAGAUUACAGUUAAAAAAUAAAAUUAAAUAAAAGUAUAAUUAUGCAUGCAUGAAGGUCGCCCAGGUUCACUCCAUACGCGCGAGGAGAGCGCGCGCAGGCACCGGUCCUGGCCCGUGGCAUGCAUUGCGCCGCUCGCUCUCCUCAGAACUGUGCAAUCGAGUUCAUCCCCUUCCCCCAGGGAGGAAGAGAAGAAAAAAACUAAAGCAACACAUCUAGUGUGUGGCUGGCUGCUUCCGAGUAACUGCUCUCGUGCAGAGAGUAGACCGACCGCCUGCCUCGCGCCUUCUCGAAAGAGAGAGAGAUACAGUGAGAGUGAUAGAGGUGGCGUUGGACACACACACCGCUCCGCGCGCGCAGUCGUGGGGGGGAAACACCGAGCUGCGGCAAACACCGGGAAUUCUCGGAGAGAAGAGAGAGGGGAUUUAAAUUAAAGACCGACUGAACGAGCGAGGGAGGGGAGCGCGAGGCCGUUCUGUGUCCUGCUAGGCUGCGAAGGGGGAGGAGAGACGGAGAAUGAGCUAUUCUUGUACCAGCAGAGAGGCUGUCUGCAAUAGCCAGGAUCCAUCUAGCGCUAAGAUACCCAGCAGCAGUAAUCCGCGCAGUAGCAGCGGCGGAGACACCGGCGGCGGCAGCAUCGGCAGCAGUUCUCGCGGCGGCCAGGCGAACCCGAGCCCCAAACAACCCGUGACGAUGAAAGUGAAGAAAGGCUGCAACUCGACGGACGUGGGGGUCCCAGUUACCACGGAGGAGGAAUUGCUCAGCAACUCAGUGAUCACCCCCGAGGAUGUGCUGGGGCUACAGAAGAUCACAGAAAAUUACCUGUGCGGUCCGGAGGAGAACGUGUACAACAUCGACUUCACUAGGUUUAAGAUUCGGGACAUGGAGACGGGGACGGUGUUAUUCGAGAUUACCAAACCCCCAGCAACUGAUAAGUCCGGGGAGAAGCGGGACCUGGACCCCAACGCCGGCCGCUUCGUGCGCUACCAGUUCACCCCCGCCUUCCUGCGGCUGCGCCAGGUCGGAGCCACCGUGGAGUUCACGGUCGGGGACAUGCCCAUCAAUAACUUCCGUAUGAUCGAGCGGCACUACUUCCGCGAGCAGCUGCUGAAGAGCUUCGACUUCGAGUUCGGCUUCUGCAUCCCCAGCAGCAAGAACACCUGCGAGCACAUCUACGAGUUCCCGCCCUUAUCCGAGGACAUCAUGCGUGAGAUGAUCCUGCAUCCUUACGAGACGCAGUCCGACAGCUUCUACUUCGUGGACAACAAGCUGGUGAUGCACAACAAGGCCGACUACUCCUACAGCGGGGGCCCCUAGGGGCCCGAGGUGCCCCUCCCCCCUCCGCCCUCCCCUCCCCCCUCACAGACGGACAGACGGAUGGACAAACAGGUCACAAACAGGAGACUGGUGGACUCACACACAAGUACCACUCCCUUCUCCCAGGACAUCAAGCAAACCCCCAUACUGUCAUCGGAGAACCCCCUUUUGCCCUGCACCUCCCAAAAAACACCACGCCCCCCCAGCCAGGCCACACCUCCUCCACCAGACCGAUAUGUAUGACAGUUUAUGAUGAGAACUCUGUAAGGAUUAUAGUCUGCAUUGCCACACUGCCAUUGGCCCGUUUCUCUCACCCUCUCUCAUGCGACACUCCGCCCCCCAGCCCUGUUUCUGCAGUUUGGAAGGGGGCGGGGCUGUGGCCAUAACUCCGCCCACUUCGACCCGCUAAUCAUCAUGCUGACUGACCUGUAGGUUGGCAAAAAUGUCCCCAAGGUGGCAGUGCACCUCACCCCCACCCCCACCCCCCUCCAAAUCCUGUUAUACAGGAACAGGAAGUGAGCCAGAUCCUCCCAGAACAAUGUCAAAGCAAUAACAAGAGCUUUUUCUUGCCACGGUUGAUGUUUCACACACAAACCAUCCUCCUGUUCCAGUGCACAGCUGGGCUAGCAGUGAUGCUGAUGCAGCUUUGGCUCUCUGUUGCUAAUGUUUUAGCGAGUUCUAUCCUGGUAGUCAAUCAAUCAUAUAUAUAUCAUUCCAAGAAAGUUAAUGACUGAUUUGAAUACCGUUCACUUUUAACACGUCUCUCAAAAACAGAUAUACCAAUAGAACCUGUUGCUAAGGAAAGAGCCUGCCGGUGGGGGGGCGGGGGGGACAGAGGGUUGGGGGGUCUGUGGUUCGGAGUUAUCCAGGUCAAGCUGUUCUGUGGCAGGCUUUGCUUUUUUUUUUUUGACCCCUCCCCCUCCCCAUCAGGAACGCUGAUGACAUCACUUCUCGCACGGUCGCCGUAGAGACCAGAUGAGAGCCGACAGGUUCGCUCUGUUCGUACACUGGCUUCCUGUCAGCAGCUGAGGAACCACAGGAAGCUGACUAGCUAAUUAGCACCACGCUCAGUAAUGAUACUGUAGGUGACAGGACUGUGCUGUUCCCCCCCCCCCCCCC